AUGCCUACAGAUGCCGACACUAACUUUGACAAUAAAGCUAACCUGGAGAAUAAUACAAAUAGAAAUGUUUUGAAACACAAAAAACGAAAACAUGCCAGAAGCAAGUCUGGUUCAAGUUCUAGUUCAAGCUCAUCCUCAGGUUCCAGUAGUGAUUCUUCGGAAGAAGGAAUUGUGGAUUGUAUAAACGAGAAUGAUCACCUUCGGGAAACAGUCAUGGAACAAUCACGUUCUAGGUUUGGAUCGGAUAAAGAAAUAGAGGAGCAUCCUACAGAUACGAAAACCAUAGAAAAUAGAAAUAAAGAACUAGCGAGAUCUGAAGCGCGUCGUGAGCGUAUUCGUGUUCAACGUGCUGAUAAAAAAAAGAAACGAAAAGAUCAUCUCAAAAAGUCCUCUAAAAACAAGCACAAACGUAAGCGAAACGAAAGUAGCUCAAGUUCUUCCGCAGAAUCAGUGGAAGGUAUAGAGGAAGUACAAGAACGGCUAAUUCAAGAAGCAAUAAGAAAAGAAAGAGAACGUUUGAAAGCCGUAGAUGAAUAUCUUGCAAUGGACGAGCGCAAACGACCAUAUAAUUCACUUGCUGACGUUAAAGCCCCUACUGCAGAAGAGAUGGAAGCUUAUUAUCGUACUAAAGUAAAUCGCGAUGAUCCAAUGUCGCAUUUUGUAUGA